AUGGGAAAUGAAUGCCUUGGAUUGUUUGAAGAAAUGAUCCAAAAGGGCGUAAGACCAGAUGAAGUAACAUUCUUGUGUAUGCUGUUGGGCUGCAACCAUUUAGGUUUAGUUGAAGAGGGGAAAAAGAUUUUUGGGUCAAUGAGACUUCAUGGGGUCUUUCCAGACAGGCGACACUAUUCCUGUAUGGUGGAUCUUCUGGGCCGUGCAGGAUUUAUCAAAAUGAGCAAUGUUGGAAGAAGAGCAACUAUAAAAUUAAUGGAUCUUGAGUCAGAGGAUCCUUCUGUUCGGUAUCAGCUUAAGAAUUUACCUUAUAAAAAAGAGUAUCGGCUUAAUAAAGAGAAAGCAGAGUGGAUGAUAUAUGUGAUUGAUGUUGGCCAGCGAGAGCACUUUGAAAUGGUCUUUGCUUCUGCAAAACUUGCAGGACGGCUUCCCCAAAACGAGAAUGACUUUCAUAAGGCCAGACAUGUAGGAUUUGGUCUAGUUUUAGGAGAUGAUGGCAAACGAUUUCGUACUCGGAGUACUGAGGCAACAGAAUGGACAGCUGAGGAACUGGAGAAAACUGCUGAAGCAGUUGGAUAUGGUGCUGUGAAAUAUGCAGACUUGAAGAACAACAGAUUGACCAACUAUACAUUUAAUUUCGAUCAGAUGCUUAGUGAUAAAGGAAAUGUGACUGUGUAUUUGCUGUAUCCACAUGCUCGAAUUUGUUAG